AUGAGUGCAGCAAAGGUGUCAUCAUCAGUGUGCACUGGCGGCAGAACUCGCGAUGAAAUUGUUCCAAGAACAAGAAAACUAGCAACAACAAACGAUGAGAAAGAACAAUUCAUGCUCAUCCUUCCCGAGCUUGCUGAAAAGGUACGAAGGGAACGCCACCAUGAGAGCAAUCAUGGUUGGCAGUAUUCCUCUAGACGAAGGUCUCGAAGAGAUCGCUUGAGAUCUCGUAGUUCUUGUAGUAGUAACAAGGCAAAAUCCAGUGGGAGUAGCUCUACGGAAAGCACAAGCCGUAGUAUCACAUCAUCGGAACAAUCAUCAUCUGAUCCCGUGAUGGAUGAGCUGCAGGAGAAGAUGGCUCGGAUGCAAUCUCCAACCAAAAGUUCUUCUUCCAGACGCCACAGUUCUUCUUCGCGAAGACGAAGUACUACCAGCCAUCGAAGAACUAGUAACUCACGAGUAGGCAACAGUCUAUCACCGAGGAGACGGGGAUCAUCAUCUGCGAGUAGUACCAGAUCAUUCUCGAACCACCAAUCCGAGGCUAUCGAAAUGUCUUCUCCGCGUCCUCGACACAGUGGAGAGCGCAGUCGCCGUUCUCGUUCCUCAACAUCUCACUCUCCUGAUAAUAAUAACAGCAGCAGGCGAAGAAGACAUCAUGGUGGUCAGAGAAGCUCUACUAGAAGAUCAUCCUCGCAAAAUUCUUCUUCCGAAUCGGUGGGUUCUUUGGACCUCGAAGACCUGGUGGUUCCAGUAGGUGCCCUCCGAGUGGACAGCAUCGGACAGAUCAGUGUACUGUCAACAUCCUUCCAUGGUAGUGGUAGUAUACCCUCGGAAGUCAGCAUGGGAAGUGACGAUCAUAUUGAUGACGGUAACAAUGAUUCCACUACCGUAGUACUAGAGAAUGAGGACGAUGGCAGUCAAUCCUCGGGCACUACUCGCUCUAUGUCAAGGUCCAAUUCUUGUUCGCUUCGGUCCAAUUUACGAUCCAUCUGCGAGGACCAAGAAGAACCAAUGGUCGAAGCCGUCUUUGCCCAGAACUACGAGGACGAGCUAGAACAGGCCCGAGAGCAGGGCCGACGAGAAGCCUUACGGCGCGCUGGUGGUACUAAUGAGAUUGCAGUGGCAGUGGCAGCCAAUGAUCGUCCAUCAUUAUCAUCACGUGUGGACGGUGAUGACGAGGAAGAGGACGACCAAACAGUUGAUGGAAAACGCAAGAGAACAUUGCUUUGCUAUUUGGCAUUGCUUUGUUGUAUCAUUAUUGCGAUUGGAUCCAUAGGGACAUUACUUUUCUUGAAUGGGUCAGACACUAGCGAUGUCUCUUUCGUCUCUGAUUUGGAGGACGAGGACGACCAAUCCAACUUGAAAGCUGUCAUCAUCUACGACCCUCCUACUGUGGAAGAAUGCCAAGCGAUUGCGAACGGGACCAUGUUGGAUGGACAAUUGUCAUCCUUGAUUCAGAGGACGUUUGAUGUUCAGAUUGAGCUGACGCUCGCUUCCCAAGCUGAUUUCAGUGCCCUUUUGAACGACCUGAUUGGUCACAUUCAGCAAAAGCUGAUUCCGAUCAUGGCUGGUUGUCAAGGCAUUAACUUGUUCGACGCAACCAUGGCUAUUUCGGACAAGCUGGGCAAUAGUACAACUACUACCCCCGGCAACGCCAUCACAAAUGGAAAGGUACAGGAAGGCAGUCAGCAGACCUGUGAAGGUACUGACUCGAUUGAAAAUUGUCGCGUCUAUGUGCUUGUCCUUGAUCUAUAUUUGGAGGAAGAAGAAUCGAAUGCCAUUCUUCUCGAAAUUAUCGGCGAGAACUUUGUGGGCGAAGAGCUUACCCGUACCCUUUCCGCAUUGCAUCCUACUGUACAGACAGCAUCCGUUCCUCUGAUUGCCCCAUCAUCCGAUAUCAUUCAUGGCGGCGGUGAUGAUGUCACCUCGGUGCCUUCAGAUGUCCCGCUGCUCCCCGAGAUACCAUCGCCUACACAGUCUCCGGUACAAGAUGAUUCUACUCCAACUCCAACUGCACCCAUGGGUGCUGCUGCUACAGGUGUGCCGCUUACUCCGCCUACUCACGUUCCAAGUAUGGUGAUAGUAGUUCCUACCGAUGAAGACUCUAUUGCACUCGGCCCAACAAGGGCACCCACAAGCGAAACAAUCACCUCUUCUCCGUCCAACGCGACACCAGUGACUGUACCAACUGCAACUCCAACCAGGAUACCGACGGCUGCACCGAGCAGUACUCCAACCACCGUGAGCCCCACAACGAGUCCAGUGCCUCCUAUUUCCAAGGCAACCUCCUCACCAGUCUCAAAUCCAACAACGAGACCAGUGCCAGCCGCAACUCCUCCACCAACGGAUGAGCCAAGCCUUGGUCCAAGUAUUAUGGUUACUACUUCAAUGCCAUCCAAGUCCCCUACACUUUCUCCUGUAGUUGGCCCUACGGAAGACCCUAGUGGAUCUCCUACAAAAGCACCGAGUAGAUAUCCUUCGGCAAGACCUAGCAAGUCGCCAACAACAGCUCCGAGCAAAUCACCGACUGCAAGUCCCAGCAAGUCACCAACUACAGCUCCGAGCAAAUCACCAACAACAAGUCCAAGCAAAUCUCCAACAAAAAGCCCAAGCGAGUCACCGACUGAUGCCCCAAGCCAAAGUCCAACAAAACAGGCCAGCCCUGGUCUAACUCCGGCAGUUGGUACCUUUUGUUGUUCUAAAAACUUUAUCACUUGUGGUGGAGUCAAUCCUUCAUGUCAAGCAAGUCAAUCAGCUUGCAGUUCCUGCAAUAAUGCUGCUUGGAUUGAAGAAGGUACCUGCACCACGGGUCUUGGAUGGAACGAUGAAUGCACCAACAAUCCAUCUGGGUGCUGCGGCGGUUCCUGCGUCACGGUAGGCAAUAAGAAACGAUGCCGCGCAUAG